AUGGGACAUUACGUAACAAUUGCCACGUGCAAUCUCAACCAAUGGGCACUUGACUUUGAAGGAAACAGAGACAGGAUCCUUGAGAGUAUCAAACAGGCGAAAGCCCGCGGAGCCAAGCUUCGGGUGGGGCCUGAAUUGGAGGUUUGUGGUUACGGCUGCUUGGACCACUUUGCCGAGAACGACUUGUAUGACCAGUCGUGGCAGAUGUACUCACAAAUCUUGAGCUCCCCCGAAACUGACAACAUCAUUUUGGAUAUUGGUAUGCCCAUUAUUCACAAGUCUAUCAAGUACAACUGUCGUAUCUUGAGUUACAACCACAAGAUCUUGUACAUUCGUCCCAAGUUGUACUUGGCUAAUGAUGGCAACUAUCGGGAGAUGCGGUACUUCACGCCUUGGAACAGGCCCAAGUAUCAUGAGGUGUACCAGCUUCCGAAAAAGAUCCAGCGUGUUACGGGCCAGACUUCUGUGCCGAUCGGAGAUUGCGUGAUGGAAACGUUGGAAACAAAGCUCGGCGCCGAAACGUGCGAGGAAUUGUUCACGCCCGAAUCCCCACACAUCUCAAUGGCCUUGGACGGUGUGGAAAUCAUCACCAACUCUUCAGGCUCUCAUCAUGAACUCAGAAAGUUGGACACCCGGUUGGAGUUAAUCACGGAGGCCACGAAAAAAUGUGGUGGAAUUUAUCUUUACGCCAACCAAAAGGGCUGUGAUGGCGAUCGCUUGUACUACGACGGCUGUGCUUGUAUUGUUGUUAAUGGCAAGAUGCUCGCACAGGGAUCGCAGUUUUCUCUUUCUGACGUAGAGGUGGUGGUGGCCACAGUGGACUUGGAUGAUGUGCGCUCUUACCGUAACCAGAAAUCUGCCGCCAUGCAAUCGGUGAACCAGAGCUCGCCGUACCACACGAUUUCAACCAACAUUGAGAUGUCGCCCUCUUCGCAUAUUUUCAACCCAUCGAUCAUGCCCACUGAGCCCUUGGAAAAAAUCAGAUAUCAUCUUCCAGAAGAGGAAAUUGCCUUGGGGCCCGCAUGCUGGUUAUGGGAUUACUUACGUCGUUCCAAAACGGCGGGCUUCUUCUUGCCGUUGAGUGGAGGUAUUGACUCUUGUGCAACUGCGGUGAUUGUCCAUUCCAUGUGUCGUUUAGUUGUCGCCGCAGUGAAGGAUGAAAAUAAGCAGGUUUUGGAAGAUGUACGCAGCUUGACUAAAGACCCUUCGUUUACGCCUAAGACUCCUCAAGAAUUGGCCAACAGAAUUUUCUACUCUUCAUUUAUGGGAACGGUCAAUUCUUCGAAAGAGACGCGUGCUCGAGCAAAAGAGUUGGCACAAGAAAUUGGCUCGUACCACAUCGAUAUGAACAUGGAUACUCUUGUCACUGCAGUGGUCAAUGUGUUUGAAGUUGCGACAGGAAAAAAGCCCAUUUUCAAAAUUUUCGGAGGCAGCCAAACGGAAAACCUUGCUCUUCAGAAUAUCCAGGCUAGGUUGAGGAUGGUCUUAAGUUACCUAUUUGCCCAAUUAUUGCCAUGGACGAGAAAAAAGGAGGGGGGCCUACUUGUUUUAGGAAGUGCUAAUGUUGACGAAUGCUUAAGAGGGUACUUGACCAAGUACGAUUGCUCGAGCGCAGAUAUCAACCCGAUCGGUGGAAUCUCCAAAACCGACUUAAAGGCUUUCAUCAAAUGGGCAGAGACAAACUUUGAAAUGCCCAUUUUGAGAGAAUUCUUGGACGCUACACCUACUGCAGAACUAGAACCAAUUACGGAGAAUUACGUUCAGUCCGAUGAAGUUGAUAUGGGAAUGACGUACGCAGAGCUUUCGAGGUUCGGUAGAUUGAGGAAAGUGGACAAAUGUGGACCUAAAGCUAUGUUUGUGAAGUUAUACCAUGAAUGGUCUCAACCACCUUACAACUAUAGCGCUGAAGUUAUCGCUGAGAAAGUCAAGAGAUUUUGGUUUUUCUACGCUAUUAACCGGCAUAAAAUGACGACGAUGACUCCUGCGUACCAUGCUGAGCAGUAUUCGCCAGAGGACAACAGAUUCGACUUGCGGCCAUUCUUGAUCAAUCCAAGAUUCCCUGUGGCCAGUAAGAACAUUGAUGAGAUUGUUGCUAAGAUCAAUGAGCGCAAGAGCGAACUCAACCUGAGUUCAUUGACUGUAGAUUGA